AUGACGUCUAAGUGCAAUCAUCAUAGAUUCGUUCAGCAAUGCGUUGGUGUCGUCAACCCUCUGACACAGGGGCGCAUGUGGUUUGGACGCAGUAGCAGUGCCGACCUCAAGUCGGAAAGCACCCCCAGCGAUGACCCCGUCAAUGCGACGACGAUGGAGAACACCGCCAACAGCCAGACACGUAGAACGGACAGUGGUUCAAUAAAUAAGAGCUCUCAGUUCAAGGGCGUUAGCUGGCACAAGAACACAAAGAAAUGGGAGGCUCACCUGUGGGACCCAACAGUGCCUCGCAAGAAGGACCAUCCAGGAAAGAGGAACAGGGGAAAGCAGUACUACCUGGGAGCAUACAAGACCGAGCGGAUGGCGGCCCGGGCGUUCGAUAUCGCCGCAAUCGUAUUCUGGGGUCUAGAUACCACUAUUAAUUUUCCGCGGGAGGACUACAGCGCGGAUUUGGGGUCCCUAUCCCAGCUGGACAGGGAGGAGGUGGGCCCUAUGCUUCAGUGCCUAAGUCGCAGCUUCAACGAGAAAGGCCAGUUCGGAGACUUUGGAGGAGACAAUGUGAUAAGGAGGAUCAGCAAUCUGCUUGCCACGGCCUACCUGUCGUCUCCGUUGUUGGAGGUGCAGGGGCUGCAGGACGUCUUGCCACCGGUCCAGCCGCUGCAGGGACUUCCGCUGGCUGCUGGGAGUGUGCCAGUCACCACCGCGGUGGCGGUUCUACAGGCACCAGGUUUGCAACCCGUUGUGGUGUCGCUUGCUGACCUGCUGGUGGCCGCGUCGUGGAGCCCCUGCACCGGCCCAACCUCAGUACCGCUGCCAGCCUUGGUGACGCUGCCACCACAGCAACCCACAGAGAUGGAAGUCGCGGCGGUGGUGCCACAACCAGAAGCUGUGGCUCUCGGUGACAUGGACCCUGACCAAGACUUCUUAAACUUUUUACGAGAUGUGUUUGAUGAGUGA